GUGGAGCCUGUUUGCCACAUGAGGCCACUCAGUCAAGAGGUCAGUCACUCCAGAGUGGAGGAGAAGGCUCUAGGCCUGGGCGUGUGCUCAGAGCAGAGGUACCAGGUGGGUCCAGCUGCCAGAGCUUCUGCAGCACUGCCCCCCAAGUGACAGCCGUGCAGGGCGUUCAGGUGCAAAGACCAUCCGGUGCUCCUGUGAGAGGACGAGAAGGAGGACAGAGAAAUCAGGGCUGCUCCCAUCAGGCAGGCCCUAGGAGCCCAGGAUCCGGGAAGACCCAGUGAUCUAGAGGGGAGAAAUCUGUCUGGACAAAGUAGCCAGAGAAGAACCAGGAUUUACCUGCACGGGAGUUCUGGCUGUUUGAGUCCUGGGUCUUCGGGGCUUUGCUCAGGGCAGGAACCUAGGAGGCCAGGAGGCCAGCUGGUGGACCAAGGCGCCAAAGGGCUUUGUUGUCAGAAACGUAUCCCAGCGGUGAGCAGGGGCAUGGACCACAGUGAGGGGGUUACCCAAGCCUCAGCUGGCACUGUGGUGCCUCAGGAGCUGCUGGAAGAAAUGCUUUGGUUUUUUCGGGUAGAAGAUGCCUCUCCUUGGAAUUAUUCCAUCUUUGCCCUGAUGGCCAUGGUGAUCGUGAUAAGCAUGGUCCUCCUGGGAAGGAGCAUCCAGGCAAACAAAAAUCAGAAGAAACUUGGGAAAAACAAACGAAAAGAACAAACUUCAGAAAUCCAGUACUUGGCUGAAGCUGGAACCAAAGAUAACAACAACCUGAACCUCUUAAGAGAGGCUUCGCCCUCAGAAAAGUCAGAUUUGGCCCAGGCAGAAAUUAAAUUAAGAGAGAAAGGUGUGUCACUGGUUCUCCUUCCAGACCCACAAGAAUCUGAGAGCUAGUGAGAGUUCAGAGCAGUGCCCCCAUGUGGUCAGCAGAAAAAUGAACGAACUGUCAUCAAACCGAAAUUCUGUUAUGAACAAAAAAAAACCUUUUUAUUAAAAUGGUUUGGUAAGUG